AUGCCACGUUUCCUGGACACUAGUACAGGCGUAUUCGUUUGGGUUGAGGAUCCCAGCUCAAUCGUCUACGCCAUCCUCUCGCACACGUGGAGAUCUAAGGAAGAGGGCGGCGAGCAGUCGGGCAUGCAAGGCAUCUGCGAUGUCGCCCGCAAGGCCGGGUACAAGUACGUGUGGAUCGAUUCGUGCUGCAUCGACAAGACAAGCAGUGCCGAACUCGCGGAGGCGAUCAAUUCCAUGUUCGACCUCUACCGCCUCGCGACGGUGUGCUUUGUUUACCUCUCAGAUGUCCCAGACGGAACACGCGUGCAGGACAAGGAGUCGAGCUUCGCAAAGAGUAGAUGGCACACGCGCGGCUGGACGCUCCAGGAACUCAUCGCGCCCGCUCGCGUCGUUUUUCUGUCCUCGCAGUGGAACCUUCUUGGCACGAAGGUCGGCCUCGCAGCGACGCUCCAGAAAAUAACGGGGAUCGACGUUGCCCUCUUGACAGGCAGGGCUUCUUUGGAUUCCUUUAGCGUGGCACGCAGGAUGUCGUGGGCUGCGGGCCGCGAGACAACGCGUGUCGAAGACGAGGCAUACUCGCUGCUAGGUAUCUUCGGAGUUCACCUGUCUCCGAUAUACGGUGAAGGUCGCCACGCCUUCCUCCGCCUCCAGGAGGAGAUCAUUAAAAACAUUCCGGACCAGUCGAUAUUCGCGUGGGGAUCGAGCAUCACGCUCACGUUGUUGGACGGGCCUCCCGGGAGCUAUAGGAACCACAGGUCGAGCAGGGAGCCCACUGGCCUCUUGGCACCAUCCCCUAGUGCGUUCUCGAACUCGGACGAUGUGGAACCG